CGCGCGUCGCUGUGUGCGCCAGUACAUAGAGGGCGCCGUGACGCGAAGGUUUGACACAGAGGAAAGUCGUUGCUCCAGUCGGCAUGUGUAAUGCUGUUUACAAACACGUGACGGGAAUCGAUGUCCAGAGGCGCAUGAAGCGCUUUGUGCAAGACAGAGUGGUUGACCUUUGUUUGCUAGCUCUUCUCUCCAUAUCCUGUGCAUCAGUGGCCUACGGUUUGACCACAUUGAAGCGGCACCUUGCGAAGCGAUAGAUGGUAUGUAGGGUACAAGGGACAUAAUGCACAAAGGAGAAUCACAAAGGACGCAAGCUUAACACAGGAACGGCGCCUGAUAGUACAUGACCCCACAUGUAAUAUGACCUUGCACGUGUCCUUCUCUAAUCAGUGGCGCUUUCGGCGCGCUUUCGCAGAACCUCUGCGAUAGGAGACUCUGCAGCUGCAGCCGUCCGUUGAUGACGGCAUACGUGUCCAAAACAUGGCGGAAGACUUGCAAAGCGUAGCGCAGCGAGAGCUCGGAGAAACUCCUGAAGUCAAGCAAAAGACUCUGGCGGAAUUGCGGCGGCUCCUUGAAGAAGAAGAUGGACUCGUGGUUCCUCCAGACGACGUCCUAGUCAUGUUUCUUCGUGCCAAGAAGUACAGGGUGGAGGAUGCCUUUAAGACGAUCAGGAAAUAUCUCCGGGUACGCAGGGAUGUGCCCCAGUAUUUCGAUAACCUGACGCCUUCCAACAUUCCGUACGAGACGUUCUUCCACGACCAUAAGCUCAUCAUGUUCGCCAAGGACUCGCAAGGACGAGCAGUGGGCUAUCUCCAAUUCGGUGCCUGGAACAACGGCAUCUGCUCCAUUGACGACCUCAUGAGGUGCGCUCUAGUAGCCACGGAAUCGAACCUGCGUGAAGAGGAGACGCAGAUACGUGGUCUCAUCGGUGUCGUAGACCUCAAGGGCUUCGGGGCUCACCACAUGCUGGUGUUGACACUGCGCUUUGCAAGAAGGGUCAUCGCCAUUGGACAGGACUCACUGCCAAUUCGGUUAAAGGGGUUCUACUACCUCAACACUCCAGCGUUCUUCAGGAUUGUGCACACACUUGUCAAGCCAUUUCUCUCGGAAAAAUUAUUGAGAAGGUUGCAUUUACUUGCCGGUGGUAUCUCGGAGAUUCGUGACGUUGUGCCUCCUGAACUAAUGCCUAAGGAAUUCGGUGGGACGCAAGAAGACUUCGACUUCCACAAACAAGAGAAAUUCUUCCACAGCAAAGCUAGCUACUUUGAAAAGAUGCUGAAGUGCGGCUACCAGAGGAAGUGAAUGGAAUGCUAA